UGAAAUGCAACUUGAGUCACUCAACUUUCUGUACAACUAAAGAACUAAGUUUGGAACCGAUUGUACGGAGUUUGGUUUUAUAUUUGGUUAAAGUAAUUCUGAGGGAACUGCUGGAUUCUUCAACACAUUAUGAGCCCCGAUCCCAUGUAAAGAAAAAAAAAAAAGCGACAUGACAGGGACUCGGCAGUUGUUUCUGUAUGCGUGGGAAAUUCUUCUUUUGACAUGGGCUGCAGACACUGUUAGUUCACAGGCAGUAUGCAGUGGCACAGAGAACCGUCUAAGUGUGUCAGAAAAUGUUGAUUAUCAGUUCCAGGCAAUGGAAAAAAUGUACACAUCAUGUGAGAUCAUCAUGGGGAACUUAGAAAUAACGCAGAUAGAUCAGAAACGCAACAUCUCCUUCCUUAAGUCCAUCCGUGAAGUGACAGGCUAUGUUCUUAUUGUCAUGAAUCAGUUUUCAUACCUCCCACUGGAAAACCUGCGCAUUAUCCGUGGUGUAAACUUAUAUGAUGGAAAGUACGCACUGGCUGUCUUUCUAAACUACCAGAAAUCAGGGCCUUAUGGUUUACGGCAGCUUGGGUUGAAGCAGCUAACAGAAAUCCUGGUAGGUGGUGUGUAUAUAGAACUUAAUGAAUAUCUCUGCCUCAAGAUCGAUUGGACAGACAUCCUAAGAGAUCCAAGUGCUGAGGUCUUGGAAAAAGAUAAUGGGAAGAACUGUACAUGCCACAAAUCCUGUAAUGGGAAAUGCUGGGGGCCUGAUGCAGACAGUUGCCAAAGAUUGACCAAGACAGUCUGUGCUCCGCAGUGUAAUGGACGGUGUUUUGGUAGAAACCCCAACGAGUGUUGCUUUUCAGAGUGUGUGGGGGGAUGCUCUGGGCCGCUUGGCACUGACUGCUUUGCUUGCCAGAAUUUUAAUGACAGUGGGGCAUGUGCUCCUGUCUGUCCACAGCCUUUCAUUUACAACAAGGUGACAUGCCAGCUGGAGCCCAACCCGGACAUCAAAUAUCAGUAUGGAGGUUUCUGUGUCAGGAAAUGCCCCCAUAACUAUGUUGUUGACCAAACUUCCUGUGUCCGUGCCUGUCCACCUAACAAGAUGGAAGUGGAAAAGAAUGGAGUGAAAAUGUGUGAGCCCUGCUUGGGUCUCUGCCCAAAAGCCUGUGAGGGAACGGCAGCUGGGGGUAAUCGCCAGACAGUCGACUCUAGUAACAUUGACACUUUCAUAAACUGCACCAAGAUUCUUGGCAACCUGGACUUCCUCAUCACGGGCCUGACUGGGGAUGCUUGGCGGAAUACAAGUAGACUGGACCCAGAGAAACUGAAUGUGUUUCGCACUGUCCAGGAGAUCACAGGUUAUCUAAACAUUCAGUACUGGCCAGAGCACAUGAAUGACUUCAGUGUCUUCUCCAACUUGAAGAGGGUUGAAGGGAGGACCUUGUACAACCGUGGAUUUUCUCUGCUCAUCAUAAAGAAUUCUAAUGUCACUUCUCUGGGUCUGAAAUCCCUGAAGGAGAUCAGUGAUGGGAAUGUUUACAUCUCAGACAACACAAAACUUUGCUAUUACCACACCAUCAAGUGGCCACAGCUUUUUCGUGGGAAGGAACAGACGACAGACAUCAAGCUGAACAGUCGCCCAGAAAACUGCAUUAAUGAAAAUAAGAUGUGUGAUGCCCUCUGCUCUGAUUCUGGAUGUUGGGGACCUGGUCCUGACCAGUGCCUUUCUUGUAGGAACUACAGUAGAGAUGGAGUUUGUGUAGAUUCCUGUAACUUCUUUGAUGGGGAUUUCCGUGAGUUUGCCAGUGAACAGCAGUGUUUCCAGUGUCAUUCUGAAUGCCAGAAGAUGGAAGAGGAGUUAACGUGCAACGGCUCAGGACCAGACGACUGUAAGCAAUGUGCACACUACAAGGAUGGACCCCACUGUGUAGAGACUUGUCCCAAUGGACUCCUGUAUUGGGAAGGCCGUAUCUUUAAGUAUGCAGACAGCAAUAAUGAAUGCAAGGCGUGUCAUGAAAACUGCACACAGGGGUGCACUGGUCCUUCCAAGUAUGACUGCACAGAACCAACUGAAAGAAGUUUUAGCAAAAUUCCAACUAUAAUAGCAGUAGCUGUUAUAUGUGGACUGUUUUUCACUACUUGUACAUCUCUGCUGGGACUUCUGUACUGGCGUGGACUGAAAAUUCGGAAGAAGAGGGUUAUGCGACGCUACCUGGAAAGUGGAGAGAGUUUUGAGCCCCUUGAACCUGGAGAGAAGGCUAACAAGGUUCAUGCAAGGAUACUUAAGGAGUCAGAAGUACGGAAGGUGAAGAACCUGGGGAUGGGCGUCUUUGGGACUGUGUAUAAGGGCGUGUGGAUUCCCUGUGGAGACUCAGUUAAAAUUCCUGUAGCCAUUAAAGUGAUUCAUGACAGAACUGGGCGUCAGACAUUCCAUGGAGUCACAGAUCAAAUGUUAGCCAUGGGGAGUCUUGAUCACACAAAUGUGCUGCGUGUGCUGGGGAUUUGUCCUGGUGUCAACCUGCAGCUCAUCACACAGUUCCUGCCUUUGGGAUCUCUUCUAGAAAAUGUCCGGAAGAAUCAAGAUCGUAUAGGACCACAGCUAUUACUGAACUGGUGUGUCCAGAUUGCAAAGGGUAUGUACUACCUAGAGGAGCACCGCAUGGUACACCGCAAUCUGGCUGCUCGAAAUGUGUUGAUGAAGUCACCGAACCAAGUUCAGGUUGCUGAUUUUGGCAUUGCUGACCUCCUAUACCCAGAUGAAAAAAAAUACUUUUACAAUGAAGUUAAGACUCCCAUUAAAUGGAUGGCAUUGGAAAGUAUUCACUUUCGAAGAUACACACAUCAGAGUGAUGUCUGGAGCUAUGGUGUGACAGUCUGGGAGAUGAUGACAUUUGGUGCUGAGCCUUAUACUGGAGUACGCUCCCAGGAGGUCCCUGAUCUCUUGGAGAAAGGAGAGCGCCUUGCACAGCCUCAGAUCUGUACUAUUGAUGUUUACAUGGUAAUGGUGAAAUGUUGGAUGAUCGAUGAAAAUAUCCGUCCAACAUUCAAGGAACUUGCAAAUGAGUUUACCCGAAUGGCCAGAGACCCACCACGAUUCCUUGUUGUGAAGAAAGACAGCUGUAGUCCAAACAGCCCUGCUCCUGACCAGCUUGAGUUUUCUGGCAGAGAGCUGGAAAAGGAAGGGGAUGAUAUGUCAGAAAUAGACAUGGACCUGCAGGAUGAAGAUGAUGAAGAUAGAAAAAGUUCACUGUAUUCCAGACAGAGAACUGACUAUUCAAAGAGUCAGAGUUAUUUGGUUCCUCCUGCAGGUUACAUCCCAAUGACAUCGAACAGUCAAAGUGAUUCAAAGCAGAAUAUUUUGAGGAGUGGGGAGAUGGGUUCCAGGCAUACUAUCAGGACACGCAAAGGGUCUACAGCCCGCACUCUUUCUGAGUCUUCAGAAGGAAGAGGAACUGCAUCUGAGCUGGACUUCUUUGAGGAUACUUCCAUGACUGGGACACUACGUCGGGGACAGCGGUCGCGAGAGGACAGUGCAUACUUAUCUAACCGAGCUAGCCUUGGGCCCAGCAUAAAUGGGGACUUGGAAGAGGACAUAAAUGGAUAUGUGAUGCCUGACCACAGCUUGACAGAUCGCUCCAAAUCUACCAGCUGUAUUGAUUCACGGAGUGGCACACUGUCACGUUUGAAGACUCAACAAUGUCCUGCCAUUUUGAAUGCACCUGAGGACCAGGGAUAUGAGUAUAUGAACAGGCAGCCCAAAAUGAGUGGACUGAAGUGCAACCUGGAAGCAGAGGCCAUCCAGAAAACAGAGCUGGGGUAUGAAUACAUGGACACCAGACAGGAUCCAGAAAAGAUUACAGAACUCAUGGAAAAUGUAGAGCAACAAGAUGUGUCUGGUGAGCAAAAUGAAGAUGAUGAUUAUGAGUACAUGAACAAACAGCCCAGACUGAGCAGGGCACUAAAUAGUGCUGACAACCUUAGCCGUGCAUCCAUUCCUCAAGAUGCAGAGGCUGAAGACUAUGCAUACAUGAACAAAGACCUAUCACAAACAGACUCUUCCAUAUCUACUCCAAACACUUCUUCUCAUGAACUUCUGAUGGUUCCACCUCAGCAGGAGUAUGAGCAUAUGGACACAGUUGUACUGCCUAGGAAUGCCAAGGUCACAAGUCACCAUGGCCCUGAAUACAAGAAUUUUCCCAGUCAACUAAACUGCCAAAAAAAACCUCUCCGGAAUGGGUAUGUGAAGGUAUCAAAUAGUAUACCAUCCCCUGCAGGAGGCUCAGACUGUGCUUUUGAUAACCCAGAUUACUGGCACUGCCGACUCCUAGUGAAAACUGAUGUGCAGUGAACCUAAAUGCUUAUGCCUGGCAGACACAAGUAUAGUAAGUAUGAUAACAGCUGCUGGGGACAUAAGGAGGAAAAAAAACAACAUUGUGGAUGCACAGACUCAGUCUAGGCUUCUUCCUAUAAGGAGCCUAGUUAGGCAUUCUCAGUUUACUAUCACUAAGCAAUAGCCUGCAGAACAAGAGCACCUCUGUACACAGCAGGAGCUAGUACCUGGAAAGCUAUGCUAAACAAAUCUUCAGCAGUGAAACGGCCCAUACCUUGGCUUACUGUUUCUCAUAUGGUGAAUAAGCAUUCAGUACUGCAGUGAGACCAUUAUGCUACCUACUCCUGUGCUGCCUGCUGUGCCUUUUGGGGACCCUUCAUAUGCUUCUGGUUUUAGGUCAAGUGGUUUUAAAAUCAAACCUAAGGUGCUUAUCACAGAGGCACACAGUUACUGGUAGAUUUAAUGAUGAUGGAGUAAUAUUGUACAUUUCUGUCACUGUAAUAACCACUGUCAGAUUGUUGCAUUAGAUUGGCUUCUCUGCACUUCUGCUCUUUGUGCCCUGGUGAGGGCUUCUGUAUUCUGGUGGGCUUCAAUUAGAAAAGUACAACAUCUCCAAGUUUGCUAACAAAACACUGCAUUCAUUUAUCACUUGUAGGAAGGUGAGGUUAAUGUCUACCACCACCCUUCCACUGAUGGAUCUAUAGCAAUAAAAGGUAUGCAGUAAUAAUUAGUGACUAGAAUAUUCUAUUUGGAGAGAACCAAAAGACUAAUAGGAAGGGUGCAGUGCAAGGCAUGAACAUUCAUGCAAACAAAGCAUUUUUUCUGCAAAUAAUGUACUUUGCUUGCUUUACAGUACAUAGCACCAUCAGUCUAAGCAGUAUGUGCUAAUAUAUAUGUAAUGUCACUGCAUUCCUAUUUUACUGAUCAGGCACAAUAAGGAGAAAACAUUUUUUUCUAAUCCCUUAGUAUGAGUGUAAUGGUAUUUCAGCAUCUAUGGUAGUGUGGCACUCCCCAUGAACCCUACUAAGUCUAAUUUCCAGCAAUUUGUUGGGGUUUUCUGAUAUUUAACCCUAUUGAUUGGGGUCACUGUGAUGAGUGAUGAAGUCAUUGUAGUGGGAGAAGAAAAAAGUCAGGAAGCCACGACAGCUGCACAAAGAAGGCAGCUUGCUUAGUUGGUGGAGGCCCUGCCUCUUUACAUGUCACCAUACAUUUUAGAGGCUAAUAUUGUAAGGCAUAGCCACAUCCAAGUCCCACAAGACAGCCUCCCAAACCUGCCAUGUAUCUAGCCUGGUUACUGUUCAGAGCUGUGCUGUCCACUGGGGCUACAGGGAAUAGUCUGCUCACUACCAGCAUAUCAUUCUAACCCUCUCCCCAAAACAAGUGACUAGGCAAAGCCUUGCCAUUCCUGUUUUCCUUGUGCCAACUCCAGUAGGUGACCAAGUCACCAAUCACACUUGGGUCAGCUGGAUCAUGUUCACGGCUUUAUCCCUGUAUGCCAACAAAGCUGGGAAAGGGACAUCAUAUUUGAUAAAAUCACGCACUGUGACCCUUAUGUUCAGUGGCACUAUGGAGCAUAGUAAAGAAUGAAAGACAUUCCUUUCAUGUAAACAGUUAUAGCAUGUUUUAGCUGGCUAAGAAGCUUCUCCCCAAUUGCAGAAACAUGUAGCAGCUAGGGACAGAUUGCUGAGCUGGUUCUGACAGCUGAAGCAACAGGGAGCAGAUAGGACUUGGUGGAAGUGAUAAGCAAAUGUGCAAAGAAAUUUACAGUGGCAAUGCCUCAAGGCAGCAACAGACCAGAUGCUGCUAGUUAUGGUGAGUCUUAGGAGCUUGCAUUACUGUGGUUCUUGCUAAAUGUAAUGUCAAGUCAUACAGUACAAGACAGGCCUUUCUUCCAGGGGGUGUAAACACUCAGUACCAGAACUACAGGGGAGCAACAUUAGAUUCUUAAAAAAAAAAAAAAAAAACAGGAGAUAGAAAGCCCAACAUGUGGUGCUAUUUCAGCCACCUGAACAAAGGCUAGCAUUAAAAAAAAAAGAAACAAACUGGUGUCUGUGUUGGUAAACUCAAGUGUGAGUGUGCAUUCUACAAGUAAUAAAGGUACCCGAUAUGUCCAAACUGCAGGAAAGCAUCGAUUAAGUAUGAUCAUAAGGCCUGGUAGUCAGUGUGCAUCAGAAGGAGCCUGUUAGGGUCAUGCUAAUAUCACACUGUUAUGCUUGGGAUGUACUACAGUGAGUAUCCUAUGAGUAUGCUAUGUUACUGAUCUUCACAGGUUACCACAGACUGUGAGUGAAGAGAUAACCUCGUCUGAUACCGGAGAAGUGAAAAGUGUUCCAGGUAUCUGCACAACCUCUUAUAUUUAACCAUGUAAUAGAUAAAUCACAGAUAAAAUAAUUUCCUGUUAUUUCCAAAUGUAUAAGCUACUUUGCAUGUAUUUGGAAGGUUGAGGGCAUUUUUUGCACAAAAAACAGCCCCCUUGUGUGCAGCAAGGCUCUUACUUAAUUUAUCUGGCAGUUUCCCAAACAAGCAUUAAUCAAGUGAGAAGAAAAAGGAACUCUUCAUGUCAAAGGAAGGAUCACAAUUCAGGAAUUAUGAAGAGGGAAGUCUGAAUGCUUUUACCAUAUCUAGCAAUCAUUCAUUAACUUUAGAGAGUCUAAAACUGAUAUGCAGUCAUCAAGCAGCAAGCCAGGACUAGAGACAUGUAGCCGGGAUGUACUGUUGUGGGUAUCCUGGUGUCUCUUCAGGGAAGACUGUGUAAGGCAUAUGGGUAAAGACUAAGAGUGAGAACUGUUUUAGCAAAUGUAAAUGUUUAAGGACGAACUCUAAGGCGACACUGUAUGCUGAACAAAGUAACAAUGAUCAAAGCACUUAUUAUUUGACUUUGCUAAUGAGUAAAGUGACUGUGAAAGGGUCAGAGCCAUGAAAACCUUGUAGGAACUUGAGACAUGCCUCAUCACAACUGCUUCCUGUUUUUAAGAGUACAUUGCAGUGCCUUCUUCACGUGUCAGCACUGUCAUACAUUUGUCCCAUUGUUGUCUGCACUACAGCUUACCUUGGACUGUCUGUCACCUUGGAUCAUGUGAAAUAUAUACUGAACAUUUGUGACACACUGCUCAAGCUGUACACUGCCUCUCCUAAAUGCUACCUCUACCUGAAUUAAGCAACUGUAUUUGUUUCCUUGAUGGACUAAUAGGUGACAGAUCAGGUUUAUAUUUUAUUUCAAUCUAACCUGUUCUUAGAGCACUGAACAGCAACAGCCUAGUACCUGAACGCUGCUGAAUGGAGUAUUUACUUGUACAGGACAAAGACGAUAUUAUACCAGAGGCUGGUAAUGGUGCCAAGUGUGCUCUCCAUGUAGAUGAAAUUAGUACUUUGACAAGGAAGGCAGUAAACACUAAAAGACUGUACAUCAUGGUUGCCAGCACUAUGUUUUUUAAUUCUAAAUGGCCAAUCAAAUUAGCAUGUAACUGAGCCAGUAUGUAAUUUGUAAUCUUUUAAUUAAGAAGCUUUCUAUCAAAUCAUUGCUAGUAUUGUGAGAGUUGAAGGAAUUUAAUGCCAGUAAAUGUUUCUAACAUGUUGUUUAUCUUAAACCAAGACCACCAGUCUAACCAAUAUGUGACAUUAUUCCCAUAUUAAACUAUGUCCUAUAUGUUCUAUGGCAGAAAUGCUUCCCAAAGACCAUAAUAUAUAGUAUCUGUGCUAAAGGUAGAAGAAAAAGAAGUAUAUGCUGCAUUCUUUAUGAAGGAAUAGGUAGGUAAUAAUGUGACUCCAGAAGAGGGCGGCUAACAAUCCCUUCUACGUUUUCUUAACGUGGUGUGCUUCAGUUCUCUUUUACUCUUACAUUACAGUAGGUUGUGGAGUGUGUGUGUGUGUGUGUGUGUGUGUGUGUGUGUGUGUGUGUGUGUGUGUGUGUGUGUGUGUGUGUGUGUGUGUGUGUGUGAGAGACUGUGUCUCUGUUUGUAUUGAGGAACUGGAUUCCAUCAGCUCUGCCCAAUUAAUAUGCUUCCUACUAACACAGUGUAAUAUAACAAUGAAGGAAAGCAUGGGACCUCCUUCAGAGCCAAAAUAAAACCCUUUCACUCACCCAGUCAAGUCAUUUCCUUUUGUAUACUGUUCGGCCUGAUUUAAAGCACCAGUUUCAUAAAGGGUGCUAGAUAUACAUUCUUCAUCUGUAUUACUAAAUGAGUUUAAUGAGGAAGAUUUGUUUUGCAGGUCUCUGACUUCAGAAUAAUGGACUGUAGAUCUAGCAGCUGUAAUCAGUGUAAAAUUGUCCAUUUGCACUUCAUGUCAGUAGAACAAAUCCUUGUAAAUGUCUGAGCACACUUUAACCAUUCUGUAAUGUUUGAAGGUUGUGAUAUCUUUGUUUUAUUAUUAUUUUUUUAUUUUGUGUCAUUGAAACUGAAUGUUAGGGAGGGGCAGCUCAUGUGUUUGUUUAAUGUAAAAAUGAAUCAUUUUUAACAUUUAAAUUGCUGUUGCUAUUAUAUAAUUGUGUCACUGUAAUGUGCACUAAAUUUGCUACAUAAUUAUAUGCAUUCCAGAAAAAAAAUGUUUUGCAACCCAGGUUGUUAUGAGAAGGUUGUGUCAGUCUGCAAAAGCAGUUCCCAGUGCACUUGCAUUUAUUUCCUUAGUAGCUAUGAUACAAGGUUGCAUCUUGUUAACAAAAAAGUGCAGAACCAAAGUAAUCCUUUUCUGAGAGAUUUUUCCUUGUGCAUUUCUUUCAGCUAUGCAUCAUGAGUGGCAUUUUACUUCUAUGAUCAUACUUCUUAGCUACCUCAUAUAAGUAAGGAUGCCAAGUGUUAAACUCCAUCCCCAUUUAUAAAGUUUAUUAUGCAUAAGCUGGGAGAUAAUAUUAUCCCAUUCUACCUAGACUCUGUAACCAUUGGCUAUCUGUUUUGCUAACAGAGCUUAACCGUAUCUGCUCGGCUAUCCCAUAUUAUGAAUGUUGUCUCUCAAUUUACUACUGUCUGUAUAUGCUGGGGAAAGGAACAAUUUUUGUAGCUCAUAGAGCACUUUGCUAAUAUCAAUAAGUAUUGUAUUGUACUAGCAAGAUCAUUUGUCAUUUUACAACAAAACUCUCUCCUGCAAUAUAUUAGGAGGGACACAUCUUAUUUUACAAUGGAAAUGCCUGUCACCAUCUUUUUAAAAGUGUAACCAGGUGUCACCAGUGUACUUGCGUGGGUAUUUUUUUCUGCACACUGCUGAGAAACAAAUUAUCUUAAAAAGGCCAGGAUGUCUGUAACUGGUUAAACUGAUUCCUGCAGUAUAGAGUUAUGCACAACUUGCUUAUGUUUGCCUAUUUGAAAAACAAAACAAAAACCUUUAUUUAUUCUUUUAGUGAGCUACACAUGUGUGAAGGGCAUAAUUUGGAGAGAUUUGUCCACUUUUAAAUUGUGAGGUGAGAUGCGGGGUCAGCUAUACAAAGCUGUGAGUACAAAAUGUAAAUGUCUUGCUACACCCCUGCUGCUGUUGAAUUAUUACUAACAUCUGUGAGUAUUAAUCCUUUUUACUUUUCAUUUUGUCAAUAUGCCGUCAUUUCAUUCUGUUGCUUUUACAUCACAACAUGUAAUGUUUUGGACAGUAGAAGUAUGUGUGUGCGUGCGUGGAUCCUUGCAUGCAUGUGUGUGUGUGUGUGUGUGUGUUUGUGUGUGUCUGUGUGUGUGUAUGCGUGCAUCUGUGUAAACACUCACUUGUGUGAGUGUGUGUGUGUUUCUCUGUCAGGUUUACUUCUUUGACAGUACACAAGACUUCCUAGUUUUAGGAUUCAUUCUCAUUUUCCUCACUCAAAGUCGUAGUAUCUGGAUUUAUGCAGUCUGUCCUGGAUCGGUAUUGUUAACUGGAUGUUUCCCAAUUCCUAAUCCCAUCUUUUCCAAGCAAUGAAGGAUUCAUUGACACUACAGACAUGUGUAAUCUUGUAAUAGGAGGUGCAUACAUGAGUACUACUGACCAGCACAUGCAGAAUAUCUGAGCUGCCUGAGUAGCUAUAUCAGUGUGCAGCAUGCAUCUGUGCAUCUGUGAUAAAAAAUAUACCUCAUGCUUUAGUAGCAGUAUGAUCUUGGCUUCUUCCACACCAGAUUACACAGACACAGAACUUGCUUCUGUAAAAGAAAAAAGUCAGAUGCCUCUACAGAGAUUACUGCUGCUGCAAAAUCUAACCUUCUAAGGGCUGUCAGGUAACAGCACGUACAGAAAUCUGUGUCCUGCUCUCUAAUUCCACUAUGACCAUAGACACACACACACACACACACACACACACACACACACACACACACACACACACACACACACACACACACACACACACACACACACACACACACACACACACACACACAAGAACCAGAUAGUUUGUCAAAUACUGGAGGGUGUUGCUGCAUUAAGCUUUACAGCCUUCUUUUAAAGUAGCUCAUUUGACUUUCUGUGCAUUGCAGAAUGAACAACCAUGACAUGUUCUCAUCUGUAGUGAUUUUAUUUCCUGUGUUUUAUGUCUAGCACAGCAGUUUAACUUCUGCAGAGAGACUCUUCAGUCUGCUGCAGUUGAAAAUCUUGAUUUAUGUUUCUAUCAAUAUAACUAAGAUGAAUUCAUGCCCCCCUCCGAAAAAGAAUUCUGACAAAAUUCUAGAAGCAUGCCCACUGUGUCUCAUACCUGAGCUGUUGGGGUCCCUACUUCAGACUGUACGUUUGGAACCUACAUGAGGUACUUAUAAGCUGUAGAUUGUAGGCGUUUCUGCAAGCCAUGUCACAGCUUCAUGUUGCAGGGAUCAAUCUUGAUUUCUGGUGACAUGGAAUUUAUAUGUUCUCCUCAUAUAUGUUUUUAUUAGGUACUCCUGUUUCCUUCUACCGUCCCAGGGUGUACUACUACCCUAAGCUGCCUGUAUUUACUAAUGUAUAGCCUGAGUCAUGACUGAAAAGUAUAUGUGAAGGAGCAGGUUCAAGUACCCUAUUAUCAAAUAAUUAAGUUAAACAUGUAUUGCAUUUUGGGCACAGAGGACUGGAGUUCUGGAGUGAAAGGCUGGAAGAAUGUGUGGACUGUUGUAAAAAGAUGUAUGACACAAAAAGAAUAUUGUUCCAGAUGAGUAAUGUUUCAUGUCAAUGUUAAUAUGUUUUCUAGAAGAGUUUUAAUGUCAACUGAUUCCCUGUAGCUUCACUAUGAUGGGAGGAAAAACUAUAGGCAAAAGCUGCCUGAUGAUUGCUGUGCAAAUCUUGUUAGUGUUUUCAGUCCUGAAUACCUUCAAAGUGAUUUUUUUGUUUUUGUUGCCUAGGGACCUGUCUGAACCAUCAGACCUCUCCCCUGGCUACUGUACUGGCCCAUUUGUUUCUCGAUAGGCCAGUUUGUUUCCUAGUGGGUGAGAGAUGAAUGUCAGAAGUGAGCUGUCAUCUAUGGUGAGAUCAGGGAUGCUUGUGAUAUAGAUUCCCCAACCACCAAGCUGCAGAUGUAAUACCAGCUAAUGGAUGCAUGUGUGCGUCUGUGCUUGUUGUCCCAAACUGCAGUGUUAAGUGCUGCUAGGCAAGUAGUGGAUGUCACAGUCUUCCACAUUGAACCGAAAUUACCCCCUCCCCUUUAAUAAAUGUGUCAACAUCAGACACUUCCAUACCACCACCUCCAGCACCAAGUUGCUAAAUGAACUCAGAUCUUGUGGGACACAGGCAGGGCUUUAUUCUUCUGUACCAUGGAGCUAACUAGAAAGCAACAUCUGGCAACAGAAUGCAUAACUUUUCACUCUUGUUGUAGCUCAGGAGCCCUCUCAUCUGCUGGAUCAUUUUCUGACCCCACUUGGUCAUCAGAUAUUAAGUGUUAUAGUCUUUGCCAUGAAUAUCCACUAUUGGCAAAACUUGUUAUAUGAUACUAUUUUGCCAAAUAUUUGACUAAUUCACCCUUGGGUGGCCACGGUGGUGCAGCGGUUAGCAUUGCCACCUCACAGCAAGAGGUUCUCCGGUUCGAUCCUCGACUGGGAUGCCUUCUGUGCGGAGUCUGCAUGUCCUC